AUGCCUACUCACCUCACUAAGACCAGGAAGCACCGUGGCCACGUUUCGGCUGGUCACGGUCGUAUCGGCAAGCACCGCAAGCACCCCGGUGGUCGUGGUCUUGCUGGUGGUUUCCACCACCACCGCACCAACUUCGACAGGUACCACCCUGGUUACUUCGGUAAGGUUGGUAUGCGUCACUACCACCUGCUGCGCAACCCGCUGCACAAGCCGAUCAUCAACCUCGACAAGCUCUGGACUCUUGUCCCGACUGACGUGCGCAAGAGCGUGAACGCUCAGUCGACGGAGGUCCCGGUUAUUGACACUCUCGCUGCUGGCUACGGCAAGGUUCUCGGCAAGGGUCGUCUCCCUGAGAUCCCGGUCAUUGUCAAGGCCCGCUGGGUCUCGGCUCUGGCUGAGAAGAAGAUCAAGGAGGUUGGUGGCGUUGUCAAGCUGGUUGCGUAA